AUGGCUGCUUUACGGUCCCUUGGCCUUCACGAACCCUGCGCCGUGCCUUUCCUCGUCGCAGAAAAGCUCCUGCCUCCUGAACCAUCAGAGGACCUCUAUACCUGGACAACGAGUGUUGAAGAUGGUCCAGAUGGCCCAAUGGAGGAUGAGCUCGUUUGGACCAAGAGCUGCGUGGUCUGGUCUCGAGCGGGGGUGGUCAGACGAGUAUUCCGGUUAGAGCUCGAAAAAGAGGAAAUUAGACAUGCUCUCUUGACAGAUUUCUCCGUCCAAAGAAUUAAAAAAGCCGAAGACAAAGCCUCCCAAGGUGUGAGUGGAGGAGGGCAUCCUCGUACGAGCGACAACACUGGCAGUAGCUGCAGCUCGCAUGGCCUACAUUCAAAUGGCGAGUCGAAGGUUGUAGCUUCUGGAGUGACUUUGAGAGCCCGUGGACGCAGCACCCAAGGUAGCUGCACUAGUGAGCCAAGCAAUACGGUUUCUCGAGCGUUGGUGGUAGUGCUCAAGUCUCAGGCGCAUAUAUUCUUCCUGGCUGGGACAAGCCAUGUGAUUCCUCUGCCGUUUGAGGUGGACUCGGUUUUCGCAACACCCCGAGGCCUUUUAUUUCAACGGAAAGUACAUGAGGAAGAUGCCAGCAAAGAAAUCGGCUUCUAUCCAAUGGCACCUCCUAAUUCGUUCGUGUCCUCUCUACCUACUACCGUGGACUUUCGCGCAUCCCAGUCUCUGGAAAUCCCCUCGGGGAAAACAAAACGAGCCUCCUUGACAAUAUCCUCUGCACAAAGUACCGGCCUGAAGUCGCGGGAUCCUAAACAGACCGAUCUUCCUAGAGUCUUCUCCCUUAUGGACCCGCAUUCUGAAAUGGGACUUGUGGUGACGAACCAGACCUCCCGUUGGCUCCAAGCCAGUAGCCUUAACAGCAGACCUUCUGGACUAGAUACACUAGACCCAGCGGAUGAGAUAGUGUAUGUUUCUCCGAAGGACGAACUGGCGCACUCUAGCCGAAACCUGGUUCAUGGCCCAUUGAUCAUUGUGAUAACUGUCAAUAUUAAUACUGGGUUGUACACCAUUUGGACGGCGCGAUAUAGGGACGAAGAAACAGAUCCAUCCUCUAGAAAGAAAAGGAGGCGAGAAACAGGGGGUACUCGAUCUAAAAGACGUAGUUCUCACUUUGGGAUGGCAACUGGAGCGACAACACCUAGUGCGCGCCCAUCUGCUGCCAGGGAGAGCUUGGGCACGAGGGGGGACAAUUGGAACACAUCAAACUUGUCGCACUCCCAAUAUUCAACCGAGGGCAAAGUGGAUGAGGAGGAUCUCGCCUCUAAAUUAGGACAGGAGUUCGAUGACAUUGGAGUUCCUUUGAAAACUUCGAGAAGAGUGAGCUCCUUGCUUUCUAGAGCCGAUCUAGCGACCGGCCAAGACCGAAUUACCUUUUCAGAUCUUGCUACAGGGAGUCAGACGAGCUCUAUUGCCCAUGGAGGCAUGCGACAAUCAGUAGGUGCCGGUAGCACCAGGGGAAGUUUUGGUUUCAAUCCUCGAGGCUCUCUACCCCCCGGGAAUGGAUCUGUGUAUAGCACGGCAAGCAGCUUUGUGGAUGCCCCUGUUGAUAAGCUUCUUCAGGAACUAAAUGGCGAAAGUCUGUUUGAGAGCUUCGAGAAUAUGGGUCUGAAGGAAUCUGCCUCAGGUCUCCCAGAGGAAGUCUUGCUUUCUAAAGUUGAGAGCUUUUCUUCUCGAUUCUCCGGCCCCUUCCCGUCAUCGAUGAAAUCAACAUUGCCCCGGAGACUGAAAAUCAUUACCAUGUGCCCUCUUGAAGCUGGGAAUGAGCCUAAUGGGAACUCAGCGGCUGUGUUGGCUAUCUGCGUUGUGGACCAAGACGCAAAGUCGAUGACCGUUGUCAAUUUGCGGGCAGACGGGGUUACGCACCCAAAGAAAGAGGCGGUCUUUUCUAAGAAGUCGAAGAAAGGGCGGAACCCUGAGGAGUCUUCGCUGUUGGUGCAGGCCUCUGGAAUCCAGCACUUUCCCGGUAUACAAGAUGCCUGUAAAAUCACCGAUGGAGAAGUUUCGUGGAUUGUGACCUUGAGCACGGCGGAUAAUGGCCAACACGAGCUACAUUUACAAACUCCCUGGACCAGCCCGAUACAUAUUGAGAUACCUAAGAAACUGGCGCUUUACGAGACCUAUGGUAUAUCCUGCUCUGUGACCCGUCCCAGGGAAAGUGGCAUGAAUCGGAUCGUGACAGAUUCGUCGAUCAUAAUUACUGGGCUUGACCAUUCAACUUCUCAGGGGAAAUUCGACGUGAUUGACCAUACAGGACGAAAGCAUAGACUCCAGAUCUGGAUGGAGCCUCAUAACGAGCUCGUGAAGACCAUCUUCAAAGUCUUCCGGUUCAUUUUGCCUGACUCGGAAAGAGCUGGGGAUGGGAUCUUGGCUGGAUGGUGGGAAACUGUGAAAUGGCUUCGCAGAAGAGAGACAAACGAAAGAGAGAUUGAAUGGACAGCGCUAGUCAUGGUUCUGUUUGCAAUGGCGGUACCUUUCAUUAACGACGAACAAGCACGCGCGCCUACAAAGCAAACCCGAAGGAAAAAGGGAUUGUUGAGGUCAAGUAGCGGAAGCUAUGUAGACCUGGAGAGUUGGGAGUCGAUGUUAGAUCAAGAAACCGGUUCGGCUGGUGCUGUGGCUCCUUGGAUGACCAAUAGCUCUUGGGGCUGGAUUGUCGAGCAAGAUGCCGAAGAGUAUGGUGGUGUGCACCCUGGAAAAACGAGCUCAAACGCCGGACAGCAAAGCCCGAGCCGAUCGACCUGUCGUAAAAACAUGUAUUUGCUCCGAUGUGUGGCUUUGACUCGGGAAUUUUUGCAGACCCCCGAGGGCGUCGCGGUUGUAGGCCCGGAAGGCCAUCUCCCAACGGCGCUUUCUUAUAGCCAAAGCCUACGGCGCACUGCCUUAUGUACCAUAUUGGUGGGUUUGCAUCUUCUGCGAGAAGAACAGAAGCUCUCGGUGUGCGACAGCGAACUGUCACACAAAUCCUUGGGCCUCCUUGCCCCCGUAUUAGCCCAGAUCGGUGGGUGGCUAGGAUGGAAAUCCUGGACAUGGGCGGAGAGCUCUUAUUUUGGUAUGGAGAUGUCGAGUAUGGAUCGCUGGGAGUUUGAGGAUACGCGAAUCUCGAUGCUAGAUGUACCGCCGGAGCCUUUCACGCCCCCUUCAAUCUUCUCCUACGUGGAGAGCACGUGGCGCCAGCACUCGUCACGUCUUUUUACGCUUCUCAGUCUGGUGACCGCAUCGGAUCGCGUCUCUAGGAAAGGACGCCUGUGGCAAGAAUGCUUUAUCCUCACCCCGAGGACUUUAGCAUUGGACGGUUUCCUCUCGGAGGUCCAUAACCUGUCGACAGCAUUGGAUCGUAUAAGACUUCUUUAUCGCUGGGGCUUCACUAGAAGUAUUGUUGAAACUUUGCCCGAGGGAGUUGGGGCCCCGUUGUGCGAACUCAUUAUGCAAUCACAGAUGCAUGCUUCAACGACGUGGAACUCGACGCUUUUGGAGCUCAUUGAUCGGGAAGAUCUGAGCAUCUCGAUACAUACUGGCAUCCCGAGCCACCCACCGGCACAAUGGCAGCCCUCUCUCACGCACGAUGCGGUACGCGAUUUCCACCAGAUUGGAAGCUCGGCGUUGGAUAUCGAGCCGAUCAAUUCAUUCGAGGCGUCAGCCGAAGCGGAUAGGUUCUCUGUGACGAAACUAAUUUUCCGCGAGGACAAGCGUUUCCUAGAUGCUUUUAGAUUGUUGAACCAGUCCAAAGCUCCCGUGGCAGAGUGUAUCCCUGAACCCGACUGGACCGAUUCGGAUCUGCUUGAGGCACAGAAAGAAGUGGUGCAGCUUGUGACGCUACGGACCUUGUCCAUUCCUACAGGUCGGGCCAUGUUGGCGUUCAGUGGGCGACUGCCUCUGUUGACGGAGAAGCUCCCGAUCCCUUCGUUUUCUUUGCAAUGCGUUAUGAAGCCAUCGAAUGUGACCAUCAGCGCCGAACGGGCCUCGUUUAGCGAAGAGAAAGUGUGUUGGGCUUUUUUCCACAACGGUGUCUCUACCGGGCUCGCGAUUUCGAAAGAUAGUAGAGGAAUUGACACAUCAUGGAUUCUCUUUAACAAGCCCGUCGACCUUACCAAUCGACAUGCCGGAUUUUUGCUAGGACUAGGUCUUAAUGGACACCUCAAAUCAUUAGCCAAAUGGGUUGCCUUUAAGUAUUUGACACCCAAGCAUACGAUGACGUCCAUCGGACUACUGCUCGGAUUGUCAGCGUCGUACCUUGGGACCAUGGACACAUUGAUUACUCGCCUAUUAUCAGUGCAUGUUACGAGGAUGCUCCCUCUUGGUGCCGCAGAGCUCAAUCUCUCCCCACUAACGCAGACCGCAGGAAUCAUGGGAAUCGGCCUGCUCUAUUGCAAUUCCCAGCAUCGGAGAAUGAGUGAAGUAAUGUUAUCUGAGAUCGAAAACGUGGAACAGGAAGAGAGCUCCACGUCGCAUGAAGAUCUGCGUGACGAAGGGUACCGCGUAGCCGCUGGGUUUGCUCUUGGGUUCAUCAACUUGGGCAAGGGUAAAGACCUUCGAGGGAUGCGAGACAUGCAUAUAGUGGAAAGACUGUUGGCCGUUGCGGUUGGGACCAAAAACGUCGAUUUGGCGCAUAUCCUAGACCGGGCUACUGCUGGCGCGACGAUUGCUCUGGCAAUCAUAUUUAUGAAGACAAAUGAUGCGAUUCUAGCACAAAAGAUCGAUAUUCCAGAUACAACGGUACGCUUUGACUACGUUCGACCGGACCUGUUCCUCCUUCGAACUCUUGCGCGGCACGUUAUUAUGUGGGACAGUAUAGAACCCAGCGAUGAAUGGUUUAUUCAAAGUCUGCCAAAAGUUUACCGCCGCCGAUAUCGCUUGACGGGCGUCCGUCGACUGAAGAGCGAUGACAUGCCUUUCUUCAACAUUGUCGCCGGUCUUUGUUUCACCCUGGGUCUCCGCUAUGCCGGUUCCGCACAGACGUCGGUGCGAGACCUUCUCCUGUCGUACCUAGAUCAGUUCAUCCGCAUCUGCAGACUCCCCGUCGUCAACUACGACGGUAAACUUGCGCGGAAUUCGGUACGGCACUGUCAAGAUGUAGUCGCACUCUCCGCAGCGACCGUGAUGGCGGGAACGGGGGACCUGAUGUUGUUCCGACGCCUGCGUUCUCUACAUGGCCGGGUGGAUAGCGAGACGCCGUACGGAAGCCACAUGGCUGCGCACAUGGCAGUUGGGCUGCUAUUCUUGGGCGGAGGCAGCUACACGCUGGGGACCUCAGAUCUGGCGAUUGCCUCGCUCAUCUGCUCUUUGUACCCUAUCUUUCCGACGACGGUGCUUGAUAAUAAAUGCCACCUUCAGGCGUUCCGCCAUUUCUGGGUUCUCGCUGCCGAGCCUCGAUGCCUGGUUCCUCGAGACAUCGAUUCCCGACGACCCAUCUCCAUGCCUAUCACCGUGAUCAGUUCAAGUGGUGAGAGCCGGAAGACUACCGCACCAUGUCUCCUACCUGAUCUUAAGACGAUUGUAAGGGUGGAGGCCAACAGUGCCGACUACUGGCCUCUGGUCCUCGACUUUGUACAGAAUCCGGCCCUGCGUGAGAAGUUCAAGCUGGGCGACCAGUCCAUCUACCUCCGACGGAAGACGACCUACAACCCGACCGGCUCGUCAGUGUUUGUCUCGACUCUAUCUGGACAUAGCGAAGCGCAGGACGUGCUUCCGUCGUCCGCAUCCGUAUAUAACCAAGGCAAGGGGCUGCCACCAGAUUGGUGGCCGAAUGUCACUACGCUGCUCUCGCCGGCCGCCAUUCACCGCAUGCACCUGUCCCUUUCACAGAGCGUUUGGGAAUGGGUUUUCAAUCUGAAAUCUUUAGAAGGACUAGAUGUGCGUGAGAAGGCUCUAGUGCUCCCUACGUCAUUCCCAGCACGCGAUCGCGCCUCCAGCCUCAGCGCCCUGUCAUAUGCUCCGUGGUUGCGGCAGUCUGCCGUGGAUAGUAGGUUAGUGAUCGAAAGUACGGUGCACAAUGUGAUCCAAGCCACGCUGGGUCGUGGGGCGGAUCCGGAUGAAAUCCGUGAUCGGAUCUGGCAGCUUCGACUCCUGUUCGGCUGGAUGGACGGCGGAUCCGAUGUACAAGCGCAAGGGGCGAAGAAAGAGACGACCGAGCCAGUGACUACCGGGUCGUCAGAUGGGCUAUGGCUACGACGAGAGUUUCUGGAGGAGACUCGUUGGAAGAUCUGGGGGAUUCAGGUCGGAGACCAUGAGUGA